AUGGCUCCCUCGUCGUGUCUUUCUCCCCCAAAAGUACCGAUGGAGCUUCACGUCAGCAACCGUGAAAAGCUGCUAAAAUCCCUUCGUCAAAAUCUCACCGAAACUUCUCGUCCUCUGUACGGAUUUGUCUUUCUUCAGGGAGGCGAGGAAAAAACUCGCUACUGCACUGAUCACAUCGAACUCUUCAGGCAGGAGAGUUAUUUCGCUUAUCUGUUUGGAGUAAAAGAGCCUGGUUUCUACGCCGCUAUUGACAUUGCAACAGGGAAAUCUAUUCUAUUUGCUCCUAGAUUACCGGCUGAUUAUGCAGUUUGGUUAGGAGAAAUAAAGCAGCCAUCUUACUUUCAGCAACAAUACAUGGUUAGCAUGGUCUAUUACACAGAUGAGAUUGUAGGAGUUUUACAUGAGCUCAGCAAUGGAUUGAAAAAACCUUUACUGUUUCUCUUGCAUGGACUUAACACUGACAGUAAUAACUUCUCAAAACCAGCAGAGUUUGAGGGGAUAGAAAAGUUUGAGAAGGAUUUGACUACAUUGCAUCCCAUUUUGACUGAAUGCCGUGUUUUAAAGUCAGAUAUGGAGCUUGCUCUUAUUGAGUUUGCCAAUGACAUAAGCUCUGAAGCUCAUGUUGAGGUAGCUAUUUGUGAAAACUUCUCACUGACUGGAUUUUCUCACAAGAAAUUUAAUUAUAGUUAUCAUUUAGGAUCGUUGAUUUAUGAAUGA